AUGCGCGUCUGUUUCGACACCCUCUGCUUCGGAUCGUCACAGCGAACAGCUGGUGACGAUGAGCCGAGGGGGAUAGUCCAUACAGGAGGAGGAGCUCUUACCGUGGCGCCCACGGUCAACGGCGACAGACGAGCGCUAGACGAGACUUAUAGAGACGAGUUGAACGGUAUAAUGGGGACGCCCACGGCCAUGAAUUCCGAUUCAGAGAAUUGCGUGGCUAACGCAGCUAUGUCCAACGAUAUGGCCCCGUUGAUAGAUAGGAUUAGGGAACUGGAAGCGUUGUUGAAGCAGCGCGACCAGGAGAUGGUGGAACUCCGCUCGCAAUUGGACAAAUUGCAGAGCGUGUUCCCCUACCAGCAGUACGCUCGGGGGUCCAGGGCACCCAGAAAGCAGAGGGCCCAGGGUAUCUCAGCGGAGCCGCAGACGAGCUCUUCCUUGCAAGAUUUGGCGCACCAAACGUUCCCAAUCUAUGACAAGAACGAGACGUGA